UAGUUUCAUCACACUCUGUCACUAGUCCCCUUACACACAAACACACACUAAAUUUCAUCUGGAAAAAAUGGCGGACAAGAGCAAGAUUUUGUUCGUCGGGGGCACGGGAUACAUCGGAAAAUUCAUGGUCGAGGCUAGUGCAAAGUCCGGUCAUCCUACGUUCGUGCUCGUUAGAGAAGCUACUCUUUCCAAUGCUUCCAAAUCAGAGCUCAUUGACAGCUUCAGGAGCUUGGGCGUUACAUUUCUUUAUGGAGAUUUGUAUGAUCACGAGAGCCUGGUGGAGGCGAUAAAGCAGGUGGAUGUGGUGAUCUCGACUUUAGGUCACUGGUUGUUACCUGAUCAGGGUAAGCUUCUUGCUGCGAUAAAAGAAGCUGGUAACGUCAAGAGAUUCUUUCCUUCUGAGUUUGGACAAGACGUGGAUCGAGUCAGUGCUGUUGAGCCAGCAAAGGAAAUGUUUGCUAGCAAGGCACAAUUCCGCAGAGAAAUUGAGGCUUCAGGAGUUCCAUACACUUACGUUGCAGCCAACUUUUUUGCAGGAUAUUUUCUCCCCACUUUAUCCCAGCCAGGUGCCACAGCUCCUCCAAGAGAUAAAGCCAUUAUAUUAGGGGAUGGCAAUCAGAAAGUGGUAAUUAACAAGGAAGAAGACAUUGGAACCUACACUAUAAAAGCUGUAGAUGAUCCGCGAACCUUGAACAAAGUUCUCUAUCUCAGACCUCCUAACAACACUCUUUCUUUCAACGAGCUCGUGUCUUUAUGGGAGAAAAAGAUCGGGAAAACUCUAGAAAAGGACUAUAUUCCGGAGAAAGAAGUUCUGAAGAACAUACAUGAAAGUCCUUUUCCGACGAAUGUGAUUAUUGCUCUGAGCCAUUCUGCUUUCGUUAAGGGAGAUCAGACCAACUUUGAGAUCGAACCAUCAUUUGGCGUGGAGGCUUCAGCACUUUAUCCUGAUGUCAAAUACACAAGUGUGGAUGAGUCUCUGGACCAAUUUGUCUAGAACAAGCGUAGUUCGGAUUUUCUUAGAAAUAAAAGAUGAGAUAUUCAUAUUCUAAUGGGUCGUCUGCUUAUUAUGUCACAGAGAAAUUUUUGACUUAUCGUUUAAAUUAUGUGUAACAGAUUUCAGAAGAGAUGUGAUCAUGUAUUGUUGUCAUUGGUCUCAUGUUCCCCCAGUGCUUUUUACAUCUUCAAAAUGAACAUCAUAAAUAUGGAUCAUUGCGUAGUUUACUGUUAAAUA